GCGGCGGCGCUGGGGGGGGUGGGAGGGGGGGGAGCGCGAGAGUGAGUGAGUGGCUGAGUGAGUUUACCCCUAUGAGGCGGUGAGAGGCCCGGGGCCUACUUCAAAGGAGCGGGGUUGCGGCGCCUGCCACCAACGGGCCCCCUCCCGGUCCCCGGGCCCGGCGGCGCGGCGGCGGCUCGGUUGUAAGGAGGCCGGGAAGCGGGUGUCCGGCCCCGCCAUGGAGGGCAUGGACGUGGACCUGGACCCGGAGCUGAUGCAGAAGUUCAGCUGCUUGGGCACCACCGACAAGGACGUGCUCAUCUCCGAGUUCCAGAGGCUGCUCGGCUUCCAGCUCAACCCGGCCGGCUGCGCCUUCUUCCUGGACAUGACCAACUGGAACCUGCAAGCAGCAAUUGGAGCCUAUUAUGACUUUGAGAGCCCAAAUAUCAGUGUGCCCUCCAUGUCCUUUGUUGAAGAUGUCACCAUAGGAGAAGGGGAAUCAAUUCCUCCUGAUACUCAGUUUAUAAAAACAUGGCGGAUCCAGAAUUCUGAUGUCAUCUGGGUGAUUCUCAGUGUGGAGGUGGGUGGACUUUUAGGAGUAACACAGCAGCUGUCAUCUUUCGAAACGGAGUUCAACACACAGCCACAUCGCAAGGUAGAAGGAAACUUCAACCCGUUUGCCUCUCCCCAAAAGAGCCGACAAUCAGAUGAGAACAACUUAAAAGACCCUGGGGGUUCCGAGUUCGACUCCAUCAGCAAAAACACAUGGGCUCCUGCUCCUGACCAAACCGAGCAAGAUCAGAAUAGACUCUCACAGAACUCUGUAAAUCUCUCCCCCAGCAGUCACGCAAACAACUUAUCAGUAGUGACUUACAGUAAGCUCUCUGCUAUUGCCUGGAAAAGUAGUAGAAAGUCGACCCAAGUCCUUGGGCCUCUGCACCCGCGUGGGAGACUCGGAAGACACUCCUGGUUCCUGGCUUUGGAUCAGCUCAGCUCUGGCCAUUGCGGCCAUUUGGGGAGUGAACCAGCAGAUGGAAGACCUUUCUCUCUCUGCCUCUCUGUAACUCUGCCUUUCAAAUAAAUAAAUAAAUCUUUAAAAAAAAAAAAAAAAAGUUGAGAGUUGUUUCUUAUGAACAGCAUCACUAAAUGUGCGCCCUGAAUGGUGAGUGUAGACCAGGGCUUCUCAGCUCACUAGGACUGUUGACUUGCAUUGUGGUCCUUAUGCAUUGUAUGAUGUUUAGCAGCAUCACUGGCCUUUAUCCACGAGGUGCCAGGUGGUACCACCUACCUACCGUCCUCCAGUGUAACAGUCACAGUGUCACCAGGCAUUGCCAAAUAUUCUCCCCACCCCCAGAGGGGGUGGCGGCUACAGAAUAGCCCCACUUGUCCAUUGGUAUAAGUGAGAAAUAAAGAAGAGGUGCAAGGACGAAGCUUAAUACUGACUAACAUGUAAACCACUCCGUGUUGUCCAAAGUGCCUUGACUGCAUUUAUUCUACUCAUGUUUCACACUCUGUUGUUAUUGUUGUAGUUACAGUUCUCAUUUGAUAAAAAUAAUGGGGGGGGGGGGCCGCUGUGGCACAGCAGAUUAACACCCUGGCCUGAAGCAUUGGCAUCCCAUAGGGCGCCAGUUCAAGUCUCAGCUGCUAUACUUUCAGUCCAGCUCUCUGCAAUGGCCUGGGAAAGCAAUGGAAGAUGGCCCAAGUCCUUGGUCCCUGCACCCAUGUGGGAGACCCGGAAGAAGCUCCUGGCUCCUGGCUUCAGAUCGGCGCAGCUCCAGCCAUUACAGCCAACCAGGGAGUAAACUAGCAGAUGGAAGACCUCUCUCUCUCUCUUGCUCUCUCUCUCUCUUGCUCUCUUUCUUUCUUUCUCUUUCUCCUCUGUGUAACUCUGACUUUCAAAUAAAUAAAUAAAUCUUAAAAAUAAUAGAGAAGUUAUGGGGAUGCCAUUGACUGGAGCACAGGGACCCAACUGGAGUCUUAAUUUUUUUGUUUGUUUGUUUGAGAGUUAGAGUUACAGACAAUGAGAGGGAAAGACAGAGAAAGGUCUUCCUUCCUUUGGUUCACUCCCCAAAUGGCCGCAAUGUCCAGAGCUGGGCCAAUCUGAAGCCAGGAGCCAGGUGCUUCUUCUCUGUCUCCCAUGGGGGUGCAGGAGCCGAAGGACUUGGGCCAUCUUCUACUGCUUUCCCAGGCCACAGCAGAGAGCUGGAUUGGAAGAGGAGCAGCCAGGACUAGAACCAGCACCUAUAUGGGAUGCUGGCGCCGCAGACGGAGGAUUAACCUACUGCACCACGGUGCCAGCUCCUUAAUUUUUUAAAAAGAUUUAUUUUACUUAUUUGAAAGGCAAAGUGAUAAGAGAGGGGGAGAGAGAAAACAAAGAUCUUUCAUUUACUGGUUUGCUCCCCAAAUGGCCACAACAGCUGGGGCUGAGCCAGGCCAAAGCCAGGAGUCUAGGACUAUGUCUGGGAUUCUCACAUGGGUGUCAGGGGCCCAAGUACCUGGGCCCUCUUCCGUUGCUUUCCCACAUGUGUUAGCAGGGAGUUGGACCAGAAGCAGAACAGCUGGGACUCGAACCAGUACUUCAAUUUGAGGUGAUGGAGCUGCAAGCAGCAUCUUAACCUACUGAGCCACAAUGAUGACCCAGAGUCUAAUAUUCUAGACUACACCAUGCUGAAAUCUGCUGGCAAGUGAAGCAUCUUGGCUGUUCUCUGGAAGUAGUUCAUAUACUUAGUGUUGGGUUGUGCAGACCUUCUUGUUCAUCUGUGGGAGCUGCAAAAGAAUUUGUGGCCAAGGAGGAAGUAACACAGAGCAGCUGAGGAACCAGCCCCAGGGAACUGGCAGAUUAGCACAUUCUGUACCAGAAGGGGCUUGCCAGGAGACUGGGCUUAAUGAUAUUACGAUUCCUGUCUUUUGAAAACCCAGAAGAGCCAGUAAAGUCGUCCUGGCCUUACUGGUGUUUGCAUUGGCAUAGGUCAUGUGUGCAUUUCAAAAAUAAAUUAAGCAAACACCAUGAGCCUUAGAAAAUGUCUUUUGUUGUUUGCAACAUUACUAUCUGAGAAUAAAAAGUAUCUCCAGGAACCUCUGUCUUUUGUACCUCAACAGCUUCAAAGUUGUCCAGCUCUGUUUUAUUUGCUUUGGGGCUCUGACUGUUCUGAGGCUGGGCCAUCUUGUAGCUGCAAAAAAAAACACAGUGUUUCUGAGAGGUGGCUGGCAUAUUUCAUGCUGGUUGUAAGAACCCAUCCUCUUCUAUGUAUUCUGAAUUCAGCAUUUUAAUUUUUGCUAGAAGUUGAAAGUAUGAGAUUCAUCUGAUAGUGUUGAUGACCAGGUUUCGAAUUCCAUCUUCUCGGCAGGGUCUGCUGUCACUGUAUUGUAGCAGGAUGGUACAGAAUAGAAGAUUAAGAGCUAUCAUUGCUUGGUGGAAAAAUGUGGGCCUCCUUAGAGUUCAAUUUAAAGUGAAACCCUUUCCAAAACUGAACGGGGCAGGCAUAGUGGCACAGCAGGUUAAAUCGCUGCUUGGGACGCCCACAUCCCAUCUCACAGUGCUGAUUCAAGUCCCAGCAUCUCCUCUUCCAGUCCAGCUUCCUGGGAUGCAGCAGGUGAUGGCCCAAGCGCUUCAGUUCUGCUCGCCAUGUGUGGGACACCUGUGUGGAGUUCCUGGCUCCUGGCUUCAACUUCGGCCAGCCCAGGAGAUUGGGCAUUUAGGGAGUAAACCAAUAGAUGGAAGAUUCGUAUUCUCUCUCUCUCUCUCUCACUCACAUCCUUCUAAAUAGGUGAAAACAAAAGAAGCUGUGAAUGUCCACCUGCAAAGCCUUCAGGGUCUUAUGCUUUCUGGUGUAAUUUCACUUCCUAAGGGCUGAUUGAAACUGCUCUACUCAGAGUAACUUUAAUAUUAUUCAGUCAGUAAGUGAGGCCUCCUGGGUACUCAGCCUUUGCUGAGCUGUCUUCAAAGAAGUUAUCAUCUGGGGACUGGUAUUAUGGUGCAGAGGGUCAAGCUACUGCCUGCAGUGCUGGCUUCCCAUACGGGUGCCAGUUCGAGUCCCAGCUGUUCCACCUCCAAUCUAGCUCCCUGCUAGUGUGUCCGGGAAAGCAACAGAAAAUGGCUGAAGAAGCCUGAACCCUGAUACCACAUGGGAGACCAGAAUGAAGCUCCUGGCUUUGGCCUGGCCCAGCCCUGGCCAUGUGGUUAUUUGAGGAGUGAACCAGUGGAUGGAAGAUCUCUUUUUCUGUAUUUCCCUCUCUCUCUGUAACUCUGCCUUUCAAAUACAUAGAUAAUUCUUCAAAAAAAAAAAAAAAAAAAAGUUACCAUCUGAUUUCAUAGCCCAUAGGAAGGAACAGGAUCCAGUAAGGAUGGAGUAUGUUGAAUUGCAGUUGACUCUAAGUGCUUGUGUAAGUGCUCAUAGGAGUUUGAAAGAAGAAAGUAAUAAAGUGUGGGGUGACCAGGAAGGCAACACCUGAUGGAUGAUGGAUUGGAACUGAACUGGAGGAAGGAAGAGCCAUGUGCAGGAAGGCCCAGAGGCUACCACAGGCACGGUGUGUUCAUGGGACACUGGCCAGCCUGGCUGUGGUGAGUGAGGUGUGCUUAAAGAGGGUGAGGCAAAUUUAUUUCGGAGGAAGAUCUGUGAAAACAAGCAAAGGAGGGUUCACGUUUAAUGUGAAAGGAAACAGGAUGCCAGCGGUGCUGUUGAGCCCGGGGAGCAGCAGGAUGAAACCAAGUGUAACUGAUUGGGACCAAGAAGACACAGGUUACUGUCUUCAGCCAGCCAUUGUGAGGGUGAUGCCUGUGAGUUAAUUGUCAGGGACAGGGAAGGUGAUGGUUUAUGAGGAAUGGGUAGUUGACAGAAUGGGAAUUCUGAAAGGGAGUGGGCCCAGCAGCCUUGCCCAGUGUCUUAACAGAACUCCAUGGUACAGCACCAGUGGCUACAUAUCUAGGAACUUGGCUUAGCACUCUCCUUUGGUAUCUCCCCAGUGAGGCUCUUAAAUUCUGUCUUCCUUUUUAGGACUCUGCCCUAGGAGAAGGCUGUGAGAGAGCUCUGUCAGCAUCCCACUGGGAUUCUAGUGUACUUGCUGUUGAUGAGAUCUAUGGGGCCAGAAUUCCAAAUAGCAAGUCACUUUUUCUGAAAGGGGAUGUGAAACUCAGCUACAGUUCUCCUUAUAGAAUUUUAAAUAGUAUGUUUUCAUUCACAAUUAUGUAUGCUUGAGUUCUGUUCUUCAUGGUGGUUUUCUUUGUGAAGGGGGUAAGUGAAAGCUGUGGGAGUUGCCUUUGGCCGUGGGGAGCUGUGGGUGGGUGGGAGGAUGGAGGGAAGAUGGAUGUACAGUGGAGGAGAUGAAGAAGGAGUGGCUGGGUGGGUGGAAAGUUCCCUAGCAGGACCAGGCGCUUAAUUAUGAGCAACAGAAGAACUGUGUUACAGAGGUGAGUAUAAAAAUGAUUUAUAGGGCUUUUAAAAAAUACUCAGCACACUUAGAACUGAGUUAAACUUUUAGGCAGUUCUGGCAGACUUGGAGGCUGUGAACUGAGCCUCUUUUGUGAUCAGCCCUGAUGCACGAAAAACAAAUGUUUCCUUGUUUUUCUGUGUGUCCUUAGUCAUUGCAUCAGACACAUGACUGACACACAGAAGUGGCUUGGACAGCAGUGUUGAAUCAUCUGCAGCUAGUCCCACCAUCCUGAAGGGGCCCAGCUAUGCCAUCAGCAAGCCUCCACCACAAUUGAUUGACAGUACCAGGGAAAGUGGCUUGAAUGUUCCUGAGAGAAUGCUCAUUGCCCUGCCUGGUACUCGAGGGCAGACUUCGCUCCAUUUCUAGUUAGUAAGAGAUUAGCAAGUCUAAUCAGGGUCUAAUAGGUCUCUAGCCCUUAUCACCAGGCCUAUGGGCAGGAUCUUAGCACAUCAUGUUUGCAGUACAGGAUCAGGACAGAACUCAGUGCUAAACGCUGCAUUCUUCUGUGUU